AUGCGUGAUCAAAACAGUAAGUUUUCGCGCAGUUCAUCUCCCGCCUCGCAGAGCGGGACUGGGCCCCGUGCAGCAUCUGUUGAAGCGCUUAAGAUCAUGGGCAACCUUGAAGAGGAGGAGAACAAGCGAGUCAGAUCGGACAGCGGAAAAGCAUGGUUACAAGGCCCUCACUCGCUCUCUCGACAGAGUUGCAGAUUUGAACUGCCAAUGGACAUGCGUGUUCUUGAGCAGCUUUCUCCAUUACAGUACGUGGCUAGGUUCUGUCGCGUUAACAAUCGCCGUAGAACUCUAUUUCGUCAUUACUUUACUAAAAAUGACCGGGAUAGGGAUGGGAAUAUCACAAGAAGAGAGCUUUUGGGUGCUUUUCGUGAUUUAUAUGCACAGUCCAUCAACACAGAGCAAGUAAAUUCUAUUCUUGAUCUGUUAGAUAUCGACCAUUCUGUGCGCACAUUCGAUUUGGAUUCGUUCAUUGCAGUGGCUGCAUUCUCUGAACGAUACUUGUACUACUGCUAUAGUUUGGCAGUGCAAGAUGAAAGCGAGAAACGAACGGUUUUAGAAGAAACUGACUUUUGCGCUUUGAGUUGGAAACUUGAAGGCUGUAAAAUAAGUGCCAAAUUGAAGAAAGUUCUUGAAGUUCUGUAGACAUAGUUAGCGCGGUCUGUGGCUUCUCAACUCGGCGGGGAACUUCAAUUUGACGGGGCUUGGACUUUCGUUUAAAAAUUGGAAUUAAUUAACCCAGAGGGAGACGAGAACUAGGGGUGGUUCAAGCUAUAUUCGAUCUCCCAAAAGGGUAGUUCCAUUCUAAAAAGGGAAACUCCCUACAGCACGACCGCGUUUUCUUUAAUUCUUAAAUCGUUCACAACUCCCUAAGCGGAUAUUUGCAUUGACAUGAAAAGAAUUGUCGUUUCACUUCUGAACACCCUAAGUCGUGAUACUAAAAUCUGUCUGAAAAACAAGGCAAUGAGCUGCCGGACUUCUUACGGUUCUGGCGACGCCAUUAAUAAAAAAAAGCAGAAAUGUCGUAUUUUGUUUUACCCCUCAAUACUUUUGACUCAAAUGUCUUAUCCAGUCGUUAACAUUAACGCUCCCCCAUCUUUAAUAGCCCUCACGACCUGCUGUAAGCCUUGUAAAAUCGUAAGUACUGUCGAAGCUCUUUUGCCUGACACUCUCAUAAGGCAACAGACAGACUUAGCCGUUUGAACUUGCGCAACUUUCUCAUGAAGUGGAGAUUUAAAUUCUGUAAAACGGGGCCCUCCGAUGUCUCAGAUAUGAUCAGGGUCAGUAACUGACAAAAAAAUGGAAAAAACAACGGGAGCGAGUCUGCUCACUAAUUUGGGGGUCUUCUACCAUGUGACAUAAACAACGUUAUUUAAGUGUAAAUAAAAUGUUUGCAGUCUGAUAUAUACCUCUAAUUGAGGUCACUUAUUAUCAUACUAAAAUUAACAAAAUCUUGUUGUUGUUGUUGUACAGGCGUACAAAAUUGCUCAAACAUAGGCUCGAUUACCACCCGGCAAGACUGCCAGACCCGCACCAGUUCCCUGGGUACCAGAGGACUUUUUGUCGCGUGCGCAGGCUGAUGCCUAAUCUGAGAUCAGCACGUUAGAGAGAAUGCAUGCAUGGAAGCUGCUAAAAUUGGGCCUGAUCUCAAGUUAGCCGAUGCCACGAGCGCUGACCGCAACCGGAAACCGCUCAUGAAAAAUCUCUGCCUGCUAGACUGUGAGCAGUAUCUCUUUUUCUUCAGAUUUACAGUAAGGGGAGUGCACGCGCGUGCGAGCGCGGCACUCGCGCCUUCAGUCACGCGCGUGGUCAUUUACGUGUCUCGGGCGUUUUGCUCGACGGACCAAGAAAAAAGAGAGACUGCUCGUAGUCUAUCUGCCUGCUGGCAGCCAUGAUAUGAGCCAAGAGAGAAUGAGUUGAUGUUAUGUUUACUUAUACACCUCUCUGAAAGAAAAAUGUCUAAAAUUAGCCUCCCCGCAGACGUCCUUUGGGGUUCGUUUGUCACGCAUUCAUCAGUCUCGACAAGCGAACCCCAAAGGACGUCUGAGGGUAGGCUAGUCUAAUCGCAAAAAGUAGUUUCAGCAAAAUGUACAAAUCGCCCUUUCACAAACUUUAAUUCCCGCAAAUUGAAGGACACUUUCUUGGCGUACUGGUCAUUCUCAUUAUAAAUCAUGAAUGAACUGAACAAAUAAGACUAAAAAUAGAACAGCAAGAUUCACUAAAAAUAUACUUUCAAUACGCCCUUUUAGAAUAGUGAAAGUUAUUUUUACUCCCUGACGAUCGGGUGUCCUUGUUUCUCGUGUUAAGUUUUGCCGACGGAAAACUCGAAAUCGUAGAUCGUAUCUCCUAUUUUAAGAGGCCGACCAUUUGACUUUUACGCUUUUACGGGGGUUGGGGAAUUUGGUAAUAAUUUUUCCCCGGUUUUUCCCCUGACACACAAAGCCAUUGUAUGGCAAGUAUUCCUUGCAAGAUUUUUUUUCGCUCGAAAUCGUCUGCAGGAUAUUUUUUUGUGAAAUCACUAUACCCCCGCUCAAAGUCAAAUGGUCGAUAUCGUUGAGGUGGUUGAGGACAAAUGGGGGGAAUUGGGUAGUUCGGGUAGGUCAGGAAACAGUGAAAUCCAAGUCCUUUUCGGGGCUUUCCCGACACAUGAAAACUGGGUGUCAAUGAAACUGAAAGUCGAAAAGCCCCCGCAACGGCUCAAAAAAUUCCCGGACUUUUCCCGGAAGUAGAUAUGCCUAACGCGUAGGCCUGGUUCAAAACUGCAGUACUUCGCAUGCGUGUUACUUCAUCAAAUUUCCCAGUGUACUUCCUGUAAUUCGUGCAGUGAGGAGUUUACUGAUGUACUGUUUGUGAUUUUCUGUCUUUGCACCAGUUGGGGAAACUCUAGAAUGUCUAAUAUUGCUAUUAAAAGGGUUCAGAGAGAAUUUAAAGAGAUAAUUGGUGCUUCUGCAAACGGCGAGGUAGGUGAAUUUUCUUGUUUCUUUGGCAAUGCUAACUUGCAAUAAUGUAAACUUGUUUUCCCACAUCUAUUUAAGCUUAAUUUAGCUUACUAAGAAUGGGUUUUAUACUCGUCAUUCGAAGUAAGUAUUGCACCUUCUCAAACUGAACGCUUGCUUAUGUUUUGUUGAGAGUAAAAGAAAAUCAUUUCAACGAAGCUUUCCUCUUUGUAGAUGUUCAAAUGUAAGGUUGAGCUGAUCGAUAACACAUAUACAAGAUUACGAGGCGAAAUAUCAGGGCCUCCCGACACACCAUUUGAAGGUAACUUAUCGUUAAAUAUUUCAUUAAAGGCUUGUUUAACUUAGAUUUUUUAACAUGUACGUUUUGACAAACCGAAGGGUCUCAACCUUAUUAAAUUUUGGCCCAAAAGCAUUUGUCUUUGAAACCAAAAUGUACAAGGCUGUGUUUGCAUUGGUAACCUGGCAUUUUUUAGUACGCUCUAACCACAGAAAAACCACUACUAUUCAUUCAAAAUAAUUCGCAGUUUCUUAGUGGCUCAAGGUUACCUGCAAACUACUAACCAAAAUGAGGAGUAACGCGUUUUGCAUUAAAUAAGAUUAUUGGACAAAUAAUGACAUUACAGAAAGCAUGACAUCCCAGUGCAGAGCCUCAGAAAGUGAAUGGAAGAUUUCAAAUGAUUAGCAUAAAUGAAUAAGCCAAAUUGUUGAAGCAAAAAGAUGGAAAAAUUGCCCCCAAAAAACCCCUGUUGGCUGUUGAUUGCUUUAUGAUGAAUUUUGUAAAAAGAAAACUGCCUUUUUGACAGGUGAUCAACAGGAUAAGAUUAUUAGAAGAGGGUAGAGGAGUAGUAUAUUCAAGGUUUUGCUACCCGGCAAUAUAGCCAUCUCUUGUUGUUCCUUAGGCCAUCCCAAUAAAAUGCUUCGUUCCCCAUCCCCCUGUCUCUUGUGAUGGUGGGUCGGUUGGUUGGGCAAAAAAAGAAAAAGAAUGAACACUUGAAGGGGUCUAGGUUCCAGAGAAUGGUGGGAUGCUAAGUAAGAAUGCCUGGUUACAAAGUCAACUCGAAACGUGGUCUUUUCGACUAUCAAAUGUCUAAACAGCCUUUAAAAAACGUAGUAUCGAUGUUAAUUAAAGACAAGGACAUCACAUCAUACCAAUUGUUCUUAAUAAAACAAGAUCGUGUGCUCGUACUUGCUUCUCUGACUAGUUUCUUUGACUACACUGUAGUUAAUCUGGUUUUUUUUUUUACUUUUCGAAAAAAAUGGGUCGGUCGGGCGAUGGGAAAUGAAACAUUUUAUUGGGAUGGCCUUAUUGCCUGGGGUAUUUCAUCAGAAUUUGAGCCCAAAUAUUUUUUACUGAUGACAUAAAUCUGCCCAGAAUUUGGUUAGAAGCUCAUGGUAACAAACAGCAUAAAGAUGGGUUAAAUACUGACAGGGACAUGGCCUACUCGUCAAAAUGCGUAACAACUAUAGUUGAAAAUAAAUUCAGACUAGGGACAUACAGCUGUAUAUACCCCCUCGGCUUUGCCAAGGUUUUCCCUACUAACCUUGCUGGCAUAGGUUUCUUUCUGGCAUGGUUUUUAGUGUGUAAAAAUUCAUAUAUGCUGCUGAUAUCCAUGUUGCUGGGAUAUAAACAAGCCAACUGUGUGAAUAUUAGCCACAUGAACAGCAUCAUACAUGCUAAAAUCAUGCCAGAAAGAACCUGUGGUGGCAGCUGAUUUGUCUACUGGUGUUUGUCUUUAUAUAAUGUCUAAAAGUUCCUCACUUAUUUUUUUUAAUCGUUAACAAAAUCAAACAAUCGACUUUUUUAUGUGAUAGAGGCUGAAAUCUAUGGUUCUUCUUUCUGCUCUCUAAAAUCCCAGGUUAAAGAACUCAACAAUGUGGUUGAUUUUUUUAAAAUCUUUUUUUAGGUGGAAGUUACAAGCUGGAUAUUGUAAUUCCUGAGUCAUAUCCCUUCAACCCACCAAAGGUAUUAACCUCUACUGCGUGAAAGUAAUUAAGUUAAUAUGAAUUAACUUCACAGAACCAGCUUGCCAACCUAGUGGAUAAACCUAUACACCUCAAUUAUAAACAUUUGGAAUCCAUUAAUUUAGAGAGCUAGUGAAUGACUUUAGACUUGUGACUUCUUGUUCAGUGAAUGCUGUGAACAUUGAAAUGCUGUAAUCUGUAGUUUUUUUAUUUACCUUCAUUAAAAGUAUGCUCCAAAGCCUUACGUAAGUUUCAGUAGAGUUCAGUGUUGGUAAUUUGUCUUCUCUAACUUUCGUUUUAUGCAUGUUGGAGUAGACAGGUUUAGCAUCCAUCUGUCGCGUGUGUAGUUUUAAUGCAAUGAUUAUUUGUUUUAUUUUAUUUCUUAAGGUGCAUUUUCUGACUAAAAUCUGGCAUCCAAAUAUUAGUUCAGUGACUGGAGCCAUAUGUUUGGAUAUCUUAAAAGAUCAAUGGUAUGAGGAUUCUGUAAUAAGACAUUGAGUUGAUUUUUUAAUUAUGUGGAGAAUUACUUCAGAUUUGUUGUGCGACAGGAGCUGUGUAGGUGCGAUUUCAAAUUGCCGGCUAAACUAGCUUUGAUUUUAUGCAGAUCUUCUUUUCACAUUUCAUCAAGCUAUAGUCAUUAUCCCUGUUGAGUGGCGGUAUGGUCGAAUCAAUUUUCUUUGUCAUUCCCAUUAAAUGACUAUCUCUACACUUAUUGGAACAAAUUUUUGAUUUUUGUAAAGGCACUAAUGUGUGCUUGUCGUGGUAUUUAUAAUUUUCAUAAGCAUUUUUAUUACUGGGCUUUUAUAAAACAUUCAAACUCUGAAGUUCAAAAGCCGGCGUCACAAUUAUGUUUUUCACUCAGUGCCAUCAAUCAUAAUUAGAUCACAAGCAACGAACCUCGAAACACAGAAACACACAAAACGGAUCAAAAUCCACCAAUCACAAAUCACAAACCAUGACCUUUAGAAACGGUUAAAGUAAACUUCUGUUUCCUAAGAAGUCCGCUAAGAUGAUUGACGGCAGCAAAAAACGCAAACAUAGUUGGCUUUUGAAUUUCAGAAUUUGCGUGUUUAUGUAAAGCGCAGUGACUUCAACUAGUCUUUUUCAAGGAGUUAUUCUUCUCCACUCUGCAAGGCAUUUCUGCUUUGAGGUUUUGAUGUUACUGUAUUUACAAACAAUAAUAUGUACCCAAGGUACAAUAUGUACAUGUUGUGAUUCAAUUUUAUCCUUGGUUUAUAGUUUAUUUUCCUUGGUGUCUGGGUAUGGUAUGAUAAGGAGUUUGAAAGAAAGGAAAAUAAGAUUUGAACCAAGAAUAAAAUCGAACCACAACAUAAAUUAAUGCAGCAAGUAAUGCAGCUACAUUUUAUGUAUAUUAUGCUUUCAGGGCUGCAGCAAUGACACUACGCACUGUUUUGUUGUCAAUACAGGUGGGAUAAGGACUUCUUAUUUUGACAAGUGUAGUAACAUUACAUAAUCUGCAAUAUUGUUAUUUAUUAUUUUAAGGCUGGUAGUUGAUUAUUUUCUUUAUCAUAAACCCAUGUGUAAUACAUCCACUGCAUGUCUAUUAAUGAUUUUGUUACAAAAAGGUAUGGUGAGUCCUGGGACUCAUCUUGUGAAAAGUCAUGAGUCCCGGUCUAGAACCAAUGAGUCCCAGUUUAAAAAUAACAGUGAGUCUGAUGUUGAAAGUGCUUGGGCCUUUAUGUAACCAGACUGGUUAAUCUGAAGAUAGACUCCAAACUCUGUAUCACAGCUAGUAUACAUUGUAUUGAAAAUAGAAUAAUUAUUAUAAUUAUUAUAGCCUUUCUAUUUCAAAGCACAACAAAGGCUAAAAGAAACAUGCAUUGUUAAACAACAGCCAUAACAACUGCCACAGCAAUUAAACGAACAGGAUAUUUCUACAACUAGAAGUUACAGAUUGUAAUGAUAAUGCUGAGAGCAGAUGCUGGGUAGUAGAACAAAUGAACGGAAGCAGUAAAGAUUUUGAUAAUUCCUUUAAUUUAUUUAUUGGGUCAAUUUCCAUCAUUUUAGAAUUAUAACAUUACAAUUUCUUUGUAAUUGUGAGGUGAAAAAUGCAAAUAUUUUGAACAGUAAAUGAAAAUAUGUUAUGUGUAUACUUUUCUGUUUUUCUUUAAUGUGUUAUAUGUAUACUUUUGAACUUUUCUAGGCUUUGUUGUCUGCUGCUGAGCCGGACGACCCACAAGAUGCUGUUGUAGCUCAGCAGGUAAUGUCCAGGAAAAAGAGUAAAAAAAGGGCUUCUGAUGUUGUAUGAAGGUGUGAUUUUGCACAGUCGAUAGAUCUCAAAUUUCAUCCAAUUGUAUUAUCAUCAGAAAUUUCAUAACAAAUGAAAAGUGGAUAAUGUGGACAAAACAGCAAUUUUGUGCCACCAUGAGGCCAUUUACAGCUUACAAAACCUUACAAAUCCUACAUAAUCUCCUAAAAUUUUUAUGCUCUAUGAGAAGGCAUACAGUGAGUAAAGCAUGAGGAGUGGUCACCCUUGUGUCAAGGAAAGAAUCCUAAAUUAAUAUAACCUCACACUUUUGGUAUUAUGGCUCUUGGAAAUUAACUUUCAAGAAAAUUCAACUAAUACAAAAAAUUGCCUGCAUUCACUCAUUUUCACCUCUGUUCUGUGGUCUUUAAAGACAGGUACUUGCCAGAUGGCAUAUUAUUCUACUGUACCUACUGUUGCCCUUUAAAGAGUGUGAAUGUUUUUUCAUUUUUUUUUUCUCCACAGUAUAAAGAAAGUCCUGACAUUUACCGAAGAACUGCCAGACAUUGGGCGGAGGUGUUUGCUGGAGGUAAAAGUAAAUUCAUUUUUAUCCCAAUUUCGUAUUUUGCCAUUACUCAUUCUCCUUUUUGCCAUUUGUUUUAGCUCCUUCUGCGCAUGAUUUCGAUUGUGAACAGAAGAUUUCAAGGUUAACUUCAAUGGGUUUCUCGAAGGUUGGUCCUUAAUACAUGAUUGUACUUAAAUUUAAUGUGCAAAAGAUUACAUGAACUUGUGUCUCUACCAUGAAUAUGAGAACGUGGGACAAAUGUGUAAAUAAAUAGCCGGGAACUAAAUUACCGGUAUUAACACAUUUGAAUACCAUUACAUGUGCAAAAGAUUGUAAGGAGGCUUAACACAGAGGUGGGGGAAGGGGGGAGGGCGGAGGGGUGGGUUAUUUGAAAGGGGGAGCUUAUUAUUUUUAGCAAGGAUGAUGGUAUCAAUUCUCCAUAGAGAUCUUGAACGUAAAGUGGAAAUGCUCAAGUAUAUGAAGUUGGAGGUCAUGCAACCAAGGUUUAUAUUUUUUUUCUGUAAUUUCGUUGUGAUCGAGUAGCUACCCUUGUGGGCGGCCUUCUUGGUUUCAAAUGUAAUGAGUCUUUCUUGGAGAUAAGUAUCAAAUCUACUUAAGGGGAGGGGGACAUUUUUGGAAGAGGCCUCCCUCCCCCACCAUUAUUAACCUCGUUUCCCACCUCGUCGGUACAUUUGUGACCAAGAUGGCCACCCAUAUCGGUUAGCGCUCCAUCUCGACGAUCUUAGGGAAAAAUAGAGGAUUGUGAACAGUCAAGAAAUCAAGGUAAAAAAAUUGUAUGUGUAAGAAGUUGGCGUUAACAUUGUGUUGGGGGGGAGGGGGGUAGGUGGGUAGGAUUCCAGAAACUUCUACUGAUUCUUUGUUUUUCCCACAGAUUCAGAGUCUAGUUGCACUGUCAACAUUUUCCUGGAAUGCAGAAAGAGCUGUUGAAUCUCUACUUAGCAGCUGACAUUAGUUUUUGUUGUGUUGUGUUUAUGGUAUAACUUUGUCAAGUAUUUUUGAUUUAUAACAUCUUUCCGAAUAGCUUAAGGAGGCUAUGUCAUGAUAUUUUAGGAAAGUUCAGCCCUCACCAACACUCAGAGAAUUGAUUAAAAUGCUAAAUGGAAGCAUGGAUGGGCAAAACGGAAAAAAGACUAAUUCAAAUUGUGUUCCGGUAAAAUCGAACAACAACAGCCCCAAUUUUUUCAUGUGUGUCUCAAGUUUUAUGAAAGUGCGAUUGGGCCAAUGGACAAAUGCCCUGCAGAAAUCAUUCUUAUUUGUUAUUUGAUGAUGAUCACGUCUGCACUGAAAGUGUUUCUUUACCAGAUUAUACUUAAGAGCUGAAAGAUGAGAAUUGGCAAAAUUGUUGAAAGUUCCAUGACUUGGCCUCUUUAACAGAAUUAGGUUUUAGGUUCUGUAGAUUGCAUAGGAGCACCGGCUUUAUUUUGGUAGAGAAGUUAUUCACAGUAGAUUAGAUGCAGAAUAAGUCAAUUGUUUGCAAGAAGUUUAGUCUUGUUUCCCAAUCUUCCUCUCUGGAUGAUAUAAUUUCGAAAUCUGAGUACCUUUUGAGGCAGGAUUGAGCAACAAGAACCUCAAUCAGUUUGCAAUGCAAGCUCUACAAGCUAUAGGUCACAAGACUAAACUGAACAAAAACCACUGAGUAUUUGUGGUCCAGUUCUACAUAGAUAUGUAUUGUAUAGCAGAUACCCUUGCAGCGUCAUUAUGGCCAGAGCAAUUUAUUCAACCUUAUGGAAAACUAUAUGUAAGAAAUGGUAAACGCAAAGCGUUCAACCAACGCGUUAUGGAUGCAUGUGUGAGGUUGAUAAGCACGGAAGAAUCAGAAGAGUUGCAACUCUAGCUUCUUAAGUACUUAACCUCCAAGAGCAUCCAUAACUCGAUGGUUUCACAGCUGCGGCGUUAACUAUUUCUUUUAUGACAAUCUUGAGAGAAAAACAUUUCAAUUUGCUUGCGGGAAGCGGGGAGUGACAAAUGUUUGGUCACGUGCAUGCGCUAUUGCGUGUAUAAAUUAUUCUUUGCAAAGGUUUCUCGUUCCAAAAAAUGGAAAAUUUUGUUGAAAGAUUUCUCGUCAGUAAUUGAAAAAAUUGACCAAUUGAAGCGUACGCUUGACUUCAUUGAUGUUACCAAAAGAUCUGAAAUCUUAAUAUUUCAGUGGCUUUGAAGCCUGGCUUUGAAGAAAGUUCUAAAGGCUCCGUAACCCACCCCUGCUGGUAUUUAUCUUAAACAAAAUAUUGCUAGGCCUAAGCCCGUUUAAAACGUCGGACUUCACGUGCCGAAUUUAAUGCUAACAAGGAAAAUCUAUUGUUCUCGCUCAUUUGCAUUAGUUUCGGCACAAAUGAAAUUCGAACUUUGAAAUAAAGGGGCAUUUCUUAUUGGAAAACGGUUAUUUCUUGCUUUGUGAUUUUGGUGCGUGUAGAAUAAAGGUUGAAUUCAAACUGAAAGCGUUAGA